AUGUCUCCUUGCACUUAUGAAGAAGGAAAAGAAAUAAUUAAUAUUAAUUUUAAAAGUAUAUUAAUAACACAAGAAUUUAACUACCCGUUAGUAAGAAACAAUGGCCGUAUUCUCAACCUUUCAAGUAGUUGUGGUCAUCUUUCAAAUUUAAGAAAUAAGUAUUGGAUCGACAGACUUUCUAAAAGAGAUUUAAAAAUAGAAGAUAUCAAUGACUUUAUCGAUUGGUUUCUCGAAUCUAAAAAGGCUAGUACAUUCAGUUCGGAAGAUUUUGUUGAUAAUGGCGUAAUAACAGCGUACAGAGUGGCCAAGAUGGCUCUGACUGCUAUAACGAUGAUACAACAAAAGGAAUUAGAAGCUAGGAAUACAUUUAUCAACUCGAUGCAUCCUGGACUAGAGCGUACGGAUUUGACUAUAGGUUUAGGGUUUUAUAGUAUCGACCAGGCGGCUGAGACUCCACUGUACCUUGUAAUUGAUGCACCUCAAACGUUGCAAGGAGCGCACGUGUAGUUCGGUAAAAGUGUUCUUGACUGGUACGAC